AUGCCUACCGAUCUAGACGGCGACUCUGAGAUGGCCUCAUCUCCCGAAUCCGAACAUGACUCCCAGCUCGGUUCCCGCACACCUACCGACAAGGCACGCGGUUCCCGCUUUGUUGGAUCCGAGCUCUCCCCUCCAGGUUCGCAGACACGACAGGCGCCCGAACCACUCGGUCUGAGAUUUGACAAGGGAACCACGAAGAAAGAUGCCGUGAAGGAAGCGGAUAAACCUGGAGCGUCGUGGAUGAAUAAACGCUCCGAGGAAGAGUAUCAGCGGGCGAUGGAAUAUGUGGUCGAUAAGGACUUUAGUUUACGGGAGUUUGGAGACCCAUUUGAUGAGAGGGAUAUGCAUGAGGAAUUAUUCUAA